AUGUUCAAGUGCCUCAAGGCAAACGCGCGAAGUUCGACUCCAAGUCAUCACUCUGUCGUUUCCUGGGGUACGCUGAACACCAGAAGUCGUAUCGGUUCGAGAGAGGUGUCAACAGGAGCGAUCAAGAUCAGUCGUGAUGCCACGUUCAUGGAAGACAAGUUUGAUGAAGGUCCGCACAACUACAACGAUGAGUCAAGUGCCGUUAAGUUUGACGAUCAAGACGACGACGAAGAAAAAGAAGAAGGUAAGACUGACGUCGAAAUGAACUCGAGCGACGAUGAAGACAUUAGGUCUUCGAAUAGCAACAUCAAGAGACACACGCGCACUCAAUCACCGGCUGCAAUGGAUUUUGAAGCAGCCUACUUCGUUGAUUCAGUGGGGGAGAUGCCGACUACAUUCAAGUCGGUGAUAGAAUCAAGCGACUCCGGCAAGUGGAAAGAAGCGUGUGACUCGGAGUUCGACUCGCUUCAGAGAAACGACACGUAG